AUGGGCUGUGCAGUCCGGGUGACUGUGAGGGAAUCUGGUUUGGAGGUUGUACGGGGAGAUUCUGUCAUGCUGCCCUGUUCGUUCUUCACCAUGAUGCCCUUGUUCAGACUCAGCAUCAUCUGGACUCUGACCCCACUCUCCGACCCUGACUCCCCCAUACAGGUGAUCGUGUAUGAUCAUGGGCAGGUGAUUGAAAGCCCUUCAUUCAUGGGCAGGGUAGGCUUUGCUGGGAUGCCCUGGAGUGCAGAUAUCAUCUUGAAUUACACGCGGGUGUCUGACGCUGGAGUCUAUCGCUGUGUGGUCAGCAACCCACCUGAGACAGGAGACCCUGGCAUAGGAGAGCUCAGCCUCACUGUUCUGGCACCCCCAUCUCUUCCUGUGUGUCUAUGGGAAGGAGACACAGAUGCUGGGGGCAAUGUGAGACUGUCCUGUGUUGUGGUGGAGGGCUUUCCCGCUCCUCAGGUGAUCUGGGAGAAGCUAGAACCGGAUAAGACAACACUGCCAGUGAACAUGGAUGGUGACAUGACAGGUUCAGUGCACAUUGCCAAUGUGUCUGCGCAAACCUCUGGCCUUUACCGCUGCUCAGUGACCAACCCGCUGGGAACUCAGCACUGCUACAUUAACCUGUCUGUGUACACACCUCCAGAUAAUUCCCCAGGUAUCCUGCAGGGGGUGCUGUUGAGUCUCUCUAUGGCCCUGCUCUUGCUGGCUCUGAUGGUGCUGGUGCUGUGGCUCCACCGUUCGGCACAGGAGAGCAAAUGGAGGAUCAGCCAUGAGGAUGAUGAGUGCUAUAAUGAGAUCAAAUACACACCCUCUAUCAUUAAACGCUCCUUUGUCUGAGACUAGGACAGGAAGUCACAGCUGGAUCAUCUCUGCACUAAUCUCAAUGUGCAGUUUUUGUCAGACAAGAGCAAAGGAAAGAUCAUACUUUAACAUCACUGAACCACAAGGAUUUUGUCAGGUAAAGUAUUUAAGGGUUAGUUCCAAAAAUGAAAAUUACCCCAUGAUAUACUC